AGCACAAUUUUUCCAUAGAGCACACAAUUUUUUUCUUUCAUUUAAAACUUUUGCUGAAACUCAUAUAUUAAAUAUGACUAACUACAAUUAGUUCUAAUGAGAUUUCUAUUAAAGUACUUUAUUAUGCAUAUGAAAGCAAGUGUUGGAGUAUGAUAUAAACCAAAAUAUGUAUAAACUAUUUCGCAGUGUUUAAGUGUUCGACUUCUAAAAGGACAACAACAUCGACAGCUAGAUGACAACGAAAUGAUAAAUGAAUGAGAUGAAUUACAUAAAUGUGAGAUAUAUGUAACAACAACUGAUUUUUUAUUACUAGGGAAGUAUUAUUAUAUUUGAUGCUGAUGGCGAAUAGGAGAUCCCUGUGGGCGUUUUUACUGGCUUGGUUAACACUUAUAACAGUUACUACAUCAGUGCACAUAACCAACUUAAAAGUUCCACAUACGUACACAUUAGAACGAAAUUCUGAGCGCAGUCCUUUAGUGCUUGAUUGUGAAUAUGAAGUCGGUCCAAGAGAAAAGGGGUUUGUGUUAAAAUGGUUAUUUAACAAUCAUUCAAUUUAUCAAUGGAUACCAUCAGUUAAGGGAUUCGCAAUGGGAUUUAUGAAAUCUAAAAUAGAUACCAACAUUUUUACCAUGGAAGGCAGUCCAGGCAUAAUUUCGAUCAAUAAACCUGAUUGGAAUAUGACUGGGGAGUAUACCUGCGCUGUUCAAACAUUUGAAUCAACAGAUAAAAAAAGUGCCCGCUUACAAAUUAUUGUUCCUGAAUCCGAUUUCGUCUUGGAGGCUAGAAUGGAUAAAAAACACACUGAUGUAGAUGUCAUGUGUGCAGUUCAGAAUGUUUUUCCACAGCCAGUACUUUCCGUAAUAUUCGAUACUAAAAUUCUUGAUUCGGUUUUAACGCAAAUGGAUCAAAAUUCUAGUGGAUUGUAUAGUAUGACGGUCAGAACGAAAAUUCCUAGAGAAAAAUUAGAAUCACCGACACCAAUAACUUGUGCUUUUUAUCUGCUUGGUACUAAUUAUACCAAACGAAGAGAAACUAUUUUUUAUGAUAGAGCUACCAACAUACAUCGUAAAUGGACGACAGUUGCUGUUGUUAUGUCGAUUGCGUCAUUGGCUUUAAGCAGUUAGUUCGAUCUGUUUUGAUUAUAUAUAUGUAUGUUCUUGUAGGGUAUUUACACUUAGAUCUUAAUGAAUAAAUAAAUUUUGCGGUAUUUUAAAAUGCUUAUUUUGUACAUGCAUGUAAAUGUAAGAAAUGGUAAUUUUAGUAAUUAACCGUAAUUGUAUAGAAAUAUGCAACUAUAUAAUAAAAUUACAUUUAUUAUCAA